AUGGUCGCCAUUGCCAACGGGCAUGUCAAUACCCAUAUUGCGGAGGCUGGGACUCCGCGACAUUCAGGUGUAGAAAAAAAUGGAGUUGGCGUCGCACCGCUUGACGCAUCAAAAUUGGUUAUCAAUCUGACCGAUAAACCAAAUUCGAUUCCGGAUCCGUCAACACUGAAGUUUGGGCAGACGUUCACAGAUCAUAUGCUAGUCAUGUCUUUCGACCCCAAAUCAGGAUGGUCUGCGCCUAUUCUCCAACCAUAUCAACCAUUAGCGAUCGACCCGUCGGCGUCAUGCUUUCAGUACUCCACGAAUCUCUUUGAGGGUAUGAAAGCAUACCUUGGCCCUGACGGCGAAGCGCGACUAUUCCGACCGAACUUGAACAUGGAGCGUAUGAGAACUUCUGCUGCUCGUGUUGCAUUACCGACAUUCGAUCACGAUACUUUGUUGACUCUGAUAAGAAAACUUGUUGCAGUUGAAAGGCGUUGGAUUCCGUCGUUACCUGGAUACAGUCUGUAUAUCCGUCCUACCAUGAUUGGCACGCGACCGCACCUUGGUGUCGGACCAUCGGACCAUGCAAUAAUCUACGUAAUUUGUUCUCCUACCGGUCCCUAUUUUGGUGCUGGGGCAAAAAGCAUAUCGUUAUAUGCAGUAUACGAGACCGUUCGUUCUUGGCCUGGUGGGACUGGCGGUCACAAACUAGGAUUGAAUUAUUCGCCGGGUUUUGAGGCUCUGAAACUUGCUACACAAAGAGGGUAUAACCAGGUGCUUUGGUUACUCGGCGACGGAGACGAGCAUAAAAUUACAGAAGCUGGCGCGAUGAAUUUCUUCAUUGCCGUUCAGCGUACCGACGGUGAUGUCGACCUAAUUACCCCUCCACUUGACGGGACGAUCUUGCCUGGCGUGACCCGUUCUUCGGUGAUUGAGCUUGCGCAUGCGCAUUCGUCGGGGACACCAUUGGAUGGGAUAUCACCCAGUCAGCGAAUGCAUGUCCAUGAGCGUACGUUGACGAUGAAUGACCUGAAGAAGUUCUCAGAAGAGGGUACGCUCCUUGAAGCAUUUUGCGUCGGGACUGCUGUGAUUGUUGCUUCUAUAAACCGGAUUGGUUACGAAGACAAGGACAUUCUGCUCCCAGAAAAAACUCCAAUAUGCCACGCACUACACAGUAGGAUUGAAGCUAUUCAGGAAGGACGCUUUGAGUUCCAGGGAUGGAGCGUGAAGUGCUAGGUAGAAAUCUACGUCAUUGGAUAUAUAGAUAUUUUUGGUUUUUUCUUCAUUUGGUAUAACACAGCCUCCGUGCAGAGGCCCAAGGUCACAUAUUGUGAUAAUUUGUAAUCUGCUCUUGUUUCUCGCC